UCCUGCAACGAGUUUACUGUGCUCUCGGUCGUGAGAUUAAAGUUUCUGAUGGCAAGAAAAGCGUUCCUGCUCACUUUUCUCGUGUUGUAUUGUUGCGAGAGUUUCACGUUUAGAUCGAAAAGGCAGAUAUUGUACCCGCCGCCAAUCGUCUACCCAUAUGGAGGAACAUUCAAGCUCAUCGUGGGAUUUGCGGUGCCCGUGAAGCUCUCAGGCAGAAUUUUGGUUUACGGGCAGAACUUUCAGUUCCAAUACCUCCUGCCGCAAAACGCAACGCUUUUCACGGAGUUUUUCUCAUCGUCGUCGCGACGGCGACGUGAAAGCGUUAGUUGGAAUGAAAGGAUGACUGUCUACCGGCUUCUGGAAGAGGAGUUUGAGAGAAGAGGAAUAGAUGGGAGAGAAUGUAUGAAAAAAAGCAUAUGCGAAACAGCAGCGAUGCCUUUGGAGGACGAAGGACUUGUGGGAGAAUUGUUGCACCUUUUGUUCACGCCUAGAGAAAGCGAUACACCUUUAGACUCGGAGUAUUUACAAGCGCUAGAACGUGGACGAGAAUAUCACGAUUGCUCACGGAUUUACAAAUCGUGUCUACCUGGCCAAGGAAUAUUAGAUCAGAUCUCAAAAAUAAUAUGAUGUAACGUAAAGCCACUUUCAUGUAUAAACUAAACUUGCAAUUAAUAAAAAAAA